AAUGGAGCCAACCUAUUAGACGAUGACAACCCCGACCUCAUCCUGCCGAGGAAGGUUCAGAACUUCGACACCAAGAGUACAAACAUCUCCGACUACAUACCACCUGUCAAGACGCUCUUCACGUGGGCUACCUCUCAUUUCUUGGCCCUUGCCUUGACACGGGGCAUCUGGGCGGAUGAUCUUGCCCUUACCUCGUGGGCAAAAGAGGCGUGGCUGGCUGCUCGUCAUGAGUUUGCGUCAAACAUUACUUACGAUUAUGAUAUAUUGGCCAUUAUGCGUCGCCGUAUAUCUAUGACCACAGGUGAUGCCAAAACUGCGAUUGCGGGCCACGUCGACACCUAUUACCACUUUGUCGAUUCUGACUUCGACACGAGGAUCCAUGUCGCCAACAAAGCACUUGCCAAUCGUCUUGUUGACAGGUUCGGCAUGUGUUACGAGAACAUUAACUCGGCAGUGACAUACUCCGAGCGCGAGGGGCUCUACGAGCAUCCCAUCCUCCAAAAAGCACUCAACAGUGCAUUCUUCACUAAUAUCCGCGACACGGGGGUCAAGUAUCGGAAGAUGUUCAGCCCGCUUUCAACCCCCCUGUUGGCUCUUCUGUGGACUGCGAUACAGUGCCGGAUUGAUGAGUGGCGUGUCGACGGCAAGCGCCAGACCAUCCAAUUCGACCGUCAUGAGUACGGCAAGCACCUACAGGCCCACAUUGACAACAUGGCCAAGUUUGACCGUGUUGCAAAGGACGCCCAAUCGGACAUUUUCGACGACAUCAAGAACAACCUCCUCAGAGGUGCACGUGUCCAUGCGGGUAUUCCUCCCAAUUCUGAUGAGGACAACGAUGGCCCUGCCGCAUCCAACCCCCUUGCAGAUGCUGAGUUUGCUGCUGCCAUUUCACGUCAUUGUAGCCGGUCGAGGGCAUCAAGUACAUUUACAGGGCCCGAGUCUGAAGACAAAGUGUAG